AUGGAAGUGGCCACGCCCCUGCGCACCCGCCCUAGUGUUCCCACAGAACACUACAGCCCAAGCCCCGGAUACGACGAGACACCGCACAAGACUCCAGCCAAGAGGAAGCACACCCUCAGUCCGAGAAAAAACGCAAUCUCGGACGAGGACGAGCGCAACUCGCCCAUCCCCUCCAGAGAUGAUACCACGGCUGAGAAGCCUGUGCUCGGAGAACUCCAGAUUUCCCCGCAAGCCAUGCGCAUGCGUGCCCAGAGAAUUUUCAAGCCGAGGGCCAACGGAACCAGAAAAGUGUCGGACGAAGAAACUUUUAUCUCCGAAGUGGACGUGCUGCGCAGCGAGAUCUUGGAAUCCGAGGUGCCAGCCUCCGCUUUGAAUGCAUUGGCGAGGGGUUGCAAGAAAGACGCUCCUGGCCUUGGCAGCAAAAUUCCCACCAGUGGUGCAGCGAAUGCUUCCAGGGAUGCCAGAAAUUUUAUACGUCGCUGGGGCCUCACUUGGAAAGUCCCUCUCUCGCAUAUUGAGUUUGUGCACAACGGCAUUACAAAGGACACCCCAUACCUCUCCCCACUGAAGUACAUACCAUUUCUACUGGAGCGAGCACCUGAACUGUUGUUUGGUGGGCUGGAUGCUGUGCAGGGACAGAAGCUCCUAUCUUCUUUCUGGGGCGCGUAUCGUCAAACACAUCCAGAACAUCAUGUGUUCAAGGAGCAUGCUGAUAGCCUCUCUACAGUGCUUCCUCUGACAGUGCACGGGGAUGAGGGUCGUGGUGUCCGCAAGGGGAACACUUGCUUGCUAUCCGUGGAGACCCCCUUUGGCCUUGGCGCUGCCAUCAAUAUCGAAACAGGUUUUCAUCACGAUGAUUGCAAAUGCUGUAAACACGGUGAACUGAAUCUUCAUGCCGCUUGCACGGGGAACGAGUUCUCGCAAGAGAGAGGGCUGACAGCGUUUAUGGAUUUGAACACCAAGGGCCAUUGCUUUUUGAACAAGAUGCUUGUGUUUCUUCUACCUCAUGCCUUGUACAAGGAUUCCCAGUUGCUUGAGCAGCUUCUUGCCAGGAUCUGUCAGGAGCUGAGGCAGCUAUUCUUCGAAGGGGUAUAUGCCAGGGGCAGGUGGUGGCACGCAGCGCUGAUAGGGUGGAAGGGGGACUUGAUGUGGUAUGCGAAAACGGCCAACCUCAACAGGUGUUACAAUCGUUUGGCUUUUGAUGCACUCAUGUGCCAUGAGUGCGAAGCGGGGAGCUUAUCGGAGCCGUUCGAAGAUGUGAACGAAAUUCCUUGUUGGCGAAACUCCAUCUACAAGAAUCGCCCGUGGGAGACGAGCCCAGUGUUUAGCUGCAUACCAUUCGAAGAUAAAGCCCCGGAGAAGGUCUUGCGAAGGGACCCCUUCCACAAUACGAAGCUGGGGGUUUUCCGUGACUUCAUCGCUUCUUCGAUUCUCCUUCUUGCUGAGAUGAAGUACUUCCAUGACGAGGGCGGAAGAAAUUCUAGAAAUCAUCUGCUCAAUCGAGCCUACAUGCGCUUCAAGCUUUACACGAUGGCAGUUCAUCGACCUGCAGCGCUACGCAGCUUCACCACGGACAACUUCAACGCGCCGAAGCGCAGAUCAUAUCCCUGGAUGAGUUGUAAAGGCUCAGAUGCAACACUUCUAGUGGAAUGGUUGGUCGUGAUGACUGCCGCUUGCUUGAUGAACCCACUUGAGCUCGGCCACGUGGCCACCCUGGAAAAGCUGAACCAAGCAUCCCGAUCAGCCAAUGCAUGGACAAAAGCUAUGUACCGUCAUGGUAUUUUCAUGCGCAAGUCUUGCGCUCGAGCUAUCUACAAGGAAGGGCGCCGCUUUGUAGAGCUCUACAACGAGUUGGCCUAUGACUGCCUUCAUAAGCUGAACUUCUGCGGCUUCGCGCUGAAGCCGAAGCUACAUUUGGUAGCUCAUGGACUCUUCGAGCAGAAGACGUGGUUGGAUGAUCCUAUUGUUACGUGGGUCCCCAAUCCCUACAUCUGGAAUUGUGAAGGCAAUGAAGACUGUGUUGGUCGUGUAAGUAGACUUGCGCGUCGAGUCCAUCAAACCCAGGUUUGCCGUAACUGCAUUGAGCGGUUCUUGAUGAAAUCAAAGUUUCUUUACAAGCGCUACAAAGAAGGCCGUUCGAGGAAACGGAAGCGGUAG